CCAUGUGCUUCUGCUCGCGAGGAUGCACUACGACGAACGCAUCGUCGGCCGCCGUUCGUUUGGGAGGCGGGACGAUUCAUGGCCGUCCAUGAUGAACAAUGAGCAGCCGAACCAGGAGCUCGUCAAGUGUGUUGUCGUGGGCGACACGGCAGUGGGCAAGACCCGGCUAAUCUGCGCCCGCGCCUGUGACACACGCGUCACAUUGUCCCAGCUGCUCACCACCCACAUACCGACCGUCUGGGCCAUCGACCAGUACCGCAUCUACAAGGAGGUCCUGGAGCGCUCCCUCGAGGUGGUUGAUAGCGUGAAUGUGUCUCUGAGGCUGUGGGACACCUUUGGCGAUCAUGACAAGGACCGCCGGUUCGCCUACGGAAGGUCAGAUGUGGUGCUGCUCUGCUUCUCAAUUGCGAAUCCAGUGUCCUUGCGAAACUGCAAGGUAGUCUGGUACCCAGAGAUCCGUCAGUACUGCCCCAACACACCCAUCAUUCUGGUUGGCUGCAAGAAUGACCUUCGCUACAUGUACCGUGAUGAGGCAUAUCUCUCCCUUUGCCGUGACCGCAGUCCUUUCUUCAGGGGGCACCAUCCCUGCGUGUCUUGCAGGUUUCCAGAGUUUGGAAGGCCACUCAAGGAGACCGACCUAUUGCGCCCAGAACAGGGGCGCCUUCUAGCCAAAGAGAUUGGUGCUGCAUACUAUGAAACAAGUGUUCUUACGAACUUCGGUGUGGCCGAGGUUUUCAGCAACGUCAUCAGGGCAGCUUUGCUAGCCAGGAAGCAGCAGCGAUUCUGGAUGACAAAUCUCAAGCAUGUGCAGCACCCAGCUAUUCAGGUGCCUUUCUGUCCACCCAAGCCUGUGCCACCUGUAGUGUCAGUACCAGCCAGUCAGUUCCUGGAGCAUAUACAAGCACUGUUUCAGGAUCAAGUAUUUACGGAUGUGCUCUUCUUUGUGGGCAAAGAAAGUCUGCCUGGCCACCGCUGGUUCUUGGCCGCAGCCUGCCAAGCAUUUCGUGAGCUCUUCUCUGCUAUUGACCCAAACAGUGAGUGUAGCCCACUGGCUGGCCGUAGCUCCAGUGACACCAGCAUGGUCAGUGCUGUGGAGGUUUCCCAAGGAAGUUGCAACAUAGAUGCAGAGCAGGCUCCUAGUGCAGACACAGAUGUGGUAGGUAGUUGUGCAUCACUGAGUGCCUCACUUCAGACAACGUCUCAAAGCAGUGAGACAACGGCGAACUCGGGCACUGUUCAUCACCAAACCACCUGUGAAAUGAAUUCGGAGGCUAGCACAAGCAGUGUCGACUCGUGGCUUGGUUCACGGCCUACUGUGCACUUGCCAGCUUUUUCAGCUGUUGGUGUAGAGCAAGAUGAAGUGCUUGAUCAUCGAGGACGACUUUCACCAUCUGCACAAGCUGUGGUGGAUGUUUCUAAGGCUAUCACUCCAGCUGCCAUGCUGCAAUGCAUCAGGUAUUUGUACACAGGAGAAGUAGACACUUCAAACUGUCCUAUUUCGGAAAUUCAGGAUGCUGCAGAUUUAAUUUCUAUCCCAGAUUUGCAGGUAUACCUCACCAGCAUACAGAAGCAAGAGCUUUCAAAAAAACCUUCAGUGGACAUGAAAUUUUUGGAGAAGCUGAAACUGCACCUAAAAGAUGUUUGCUUAGAUAAAAGUUUGUAUCCAGAUGUACUUUUUCGGCUGGAUGAUGGCUUUUGCCCAGCCCAUCGGCCAUUACUUAUGGCACGGUGCGAAAUGAUGGCAGCCAUGUUCAGUGGAGACUUCCGCGAAAGCUCUGCCAAAGUGGUGCACUUUCCAGGUGUUACCUCUAAGUGCUUCCGACAGCUGUUGACGUACUUCUACCAGGACUCACUGUGCAGUGAAGUGAAUGCUAGCAACUGUCUUGAGCUCAUCAAGCUUGCUGACCAGCUUUGCUUGCCACGGCUAGUGGCACUGAUUGAAGAACGAGUUGUUGAAGAACUCAGUGAUGCAGACCGACAUGCUAGUGCCAAGGAAGAACCUAUUUUAAAGAACGUUUCCAAAAAGGCAACUGAGUCCUCUGAGAGGAAUGGAGAAGCACGGUCAAAGAAGUCUCAUCGCUCUUCCGAAAGACUGACCAAUUCUCCAGAGAAAGCAGCCAGUGGUGUCACUCAGAAAGUGGCUGGUUGCUCCAAGGACAUUAAGGAUGUCUCCGAAGUGGCUUUGCAACUCCUGGAGCCUUGCCAGAUUCACAAUGCAGACCAGCUGGCUGACUGGUGCUCGUACCGAAUUGCCACCACUUACAAGAAGGUGUUGCAGAACAAUCUGAAGCUGCUGCGUAACCUUCAUCCUCAGAACCAGGCCAACUUAAACCGAAACCGCUGGCCUCCAGCAUGGUACAUUAAGGAAGAUGAAUUUUACCAGCGAACCAUACGGGAAAAAAGCAACAACGAGAGACCGACCAAAAAGAUCUGCUUUGGACCAUUCUCCUUCAAAGGGUCCAAGGUUCCAAAACGCCAGGCCUAGCCACUGAGAGAAGUGCAGCCCAUGCUGCCAUCUGUGAAAGAGCCCACCAUUCGCCAAAGCAGGAUCACCCAAAGCCACUGAAGGGUUGUUGCCCGGCAGUGCAGCCACCUCUUUUGCUGCAACGCUGUUACUUCAGCGGCAAUAUGUUCCCUUUCUCCACAAGCUCCCCACUCACCGAGGCAGUGCUGGUCUCACUGCUUCUCACUGGAGCUGUACAAGGAACAGCGCUGUGAGGCCCAAGCAAUAUCUGCUAAGUCUCUCAAGGGGUGCCUCACAGCGACAUUUCCAAAGCCUGUACAUACUGCACCCACGUGCUUUUUAAUGUGUUUAUUUUUUUCUUCUCUGCUGUUGUUGAAGCGGUAUUUCCAAUGUGUGUGGUUUCAUUUCUCGCCCAUCAAGUGUGCUGUGCUGGGUGCCAGCUUAUUUAAUUCCAAGGAUUCACGUUCAUCUGCUUGAAUAAAUGCCACACUGAUCUCUAAGAACCAACGAUUGGUAGCAAAGAAAAAAAGAACUCACUGACUGCCAUUACAUUUGUGCGUAUGAUGAGUAGGUUGGUCGAAUUUGACUAUAGCCAUCAAAUUCCUGUAUGCCCCACACUGCCUCUCAUCUGGCAACGUGCAGAUGAAUGGAAAAAAACAACUUCAAGUACAGGGCUGCAUAACAUCACAACUGAAUACCUGAGCUCACAUUGUGCAACAAGCCUCCAGUGGCCUAAAGAUUGUUAACAUAUACUCUGUUCUAGGCUUUUAAGACUGCAGCCAAUAGAUAGGUGUUAGAAUGAAAUAAAAAAAAAACAGUUUCCAAGCUACAAAAGUGACCAUAACUGAGGAACAAAUAAGGUAGAAAAAGCACUGAUUUCCAAUUCGUCCUUUUUUUUUCCCCCUCAGAAGGACACUUGUACCAUGUGUUUUUCAGUUAUGCCAUUGAGGACAGCUCUGAAGUGAUUAGGAGUGCAUAUGGUUUGAAUUUCGUUAAAAGCCGCAAACCUACACACUGUGCCAGCAUUGCUUUGGCAUUUAGGGAACAAUUCUGCUCUCUAAAUGCUUAUGGCUUGUGUGUGGCUAAUGGAGAUCAAUAAAGAACAAGUGAUUCAUUACAACAAUUGCCUUUAGAUAUAUCAUUUAUAUAUUAUCUGAAAACAAAUAAAUAAAAUUAAAUUUGCUCAUUAUGUUUACUGAAGUUUUGGGGAGGGGGACGUUUGGAUCACAAAGUAUUAAGCAAAAAAAAAUAAUUGUCACAUUACGCUGCACUGAGCCAUACUGGUGGCACCUUUAUAGUUGCUCUCAUUUUUCAUAAAAGUCAUGGAACUCGACAAGUGCUAUAAUAUAGGCCAGCUGGAAUUCAGCCACACAGUGUGAAUUCCAAGGGUACUCAUCUUUCUUUCCUUUUUAAAAAGAAAAAAAAACCUUUAUUGCUGACAAGUGACGGAUGAGUUUUCACAAUAUGCCUAGCGUCUCUGUGGUAAAUGGCCCCACUGGCACUGGAUUUAGCACAACACAGUCACUGCUGCUUCAGUGCCUUCCUACAGUCAUGCAUUGUGAAAACAACUGCGUUCCUUGCUGCCCCCAAUUGCAUUUUUAUUUGCAGUGUACUUCUCUGUGCAUUUACAUUCAAUAUGGAGGUCAGUGCUUUCAUAUUGCUUGUUAACCUUGACACUAUAGUUCAAAACACUGAUUCCCAAUUAGCCCAGAUGUUAUGCAAGGCAAUUGUAAUGAAGGUGCCUGCAGAUGUCGUGGAAUGCUUGCUCCUGUCUCUGGCUGCCGUCCUACAAGCAGUUUAGUGUGCUGUUAUUCUAGGGCAUCGUAUCCAUACUGACUUGUACCCAGUCGGUAAAACUAAUCAGUGCUGUCAUUAAGCAUUUCCUUGAAUGCUACAUUCACACCAAAGGCUUUUAUAUACUGCCUGCAAAUUAAAAUGAAAAAAGAAUUGUCCACGGCCAUAUUCACAUAUGAGUUUUAAUGACGUAGUGGGCCAAUGAUGAUUAAAUAAGUGCGCUUGAUUUUAGUGCUAGUCAUUUCAUAUGUUCUUGUUCACCAAGGUCAGUCAUACCAUAGCCUCCUAUAUUUUUAUUGCCUGCCAGAUGAGCGUGAAAUUCCCGUCAUCUAUGGCGGGGCCACCUACGUAGGGUUAAGGGUCUUUGUACUUGGCCUUUGAGAUUAGCAACUUUGGCGUUUGCUAAUUUCAGAGGCUAUGCCUUGUCUUGAAGGGGUUGCCUGCUGAUUGAGUGCGAAACGCCCGUCAUCUAUGGUUACGUCACUCACGUAGAGUUACUUAUAAUUACGUUUACGCCUUUUUUAAACUUUUUAACAUUAUUUUUGUUGCAUGUAAGCUCCAAAAAUGUAAGAACUUAUUUGAAGACAACCCUACUUAAGUGGUGCCACCACCGCAGCUCCGACGACGGCCGCUUCUCAAGUGACCGCCGAUAAUUCAGCAGGCAAGGGAAAUCUAGGAUGCUGUGGUCAUACAUACACAUUUUGCCCAUGACUUAAAACCUGGAUGAGGGUACUGACACUUGUUACCAUUGAGGGCAUACAUGGCUGUUUGAACAGUAAGCUUUUCCAAAGUAUCAUUUUAAGAUCAAGUGUACAAUAGUGUUCCUCUAGUAUGUGAAGGCUCACAUUAAGUACUGAAAAAGAAAGGGUUAAACUGAUCCUUGUUGUGCAGGGUAUAAUACAACUGUACUUCAUGUCAGUAGUUCUGUGCACAUGUGUAAAACCUGCGAUAGUGGAUUGUGCAAUUAGAAGAUGGUUCUGGACAAUGUUGUAUAGCCCUAGGUGGAGCCUCAUAGGUGCCUCACCUCCUCUGCAUUUGUCGUGCACACAAGGCCAUAUAGCAUAAAAGAAACGCUGUGCAACUACUUGACUGAAACUGUUUCGACUACAUUUAUUACACUCGUGUAAUAUAGCCAUAAAUGCAGUUAUUUAACAGUCCACAGCAGUAUAUUCGCAUGGAGAGACCUCCCUACAAAUUCCAUGAUCUAAGCAGCAGUUCGAAAUUCAUCACAAAUCCAGCCAGGCAUCAGUGGAAAUAGCCUUCAGAAGGAUAAAAACUUGUGUUCGAGUUUAUGGAAAUUAUGAAGUAGAUAAUGUAGAUAUCUCAGCCUUUGCAAACCUUAGGUGGCUUUGGUAAUGCAAAGAACAAUGUAGCAGUUCUGCUGGUAUAAAGGUACAUACAGCGAGCCACGAGACAGUUGAGUCAUUCCGUCAGGACUGCAGCAUGAAUAAAGCUACCAAGAGCAAGCUUCGUGCUGCAGUUCUGGUGGGGGACAAUUUUUUUGCUUUUAUGAAACAUCCUCUACUUAAUGGGCUUUCGAAAAACAGAUUUUCCCAUAAAGCUGGUAUAUUUAAAAGUUUCUCUGCUUUUUAACAAUACUGAAAGCUUGCUGCUAAUGUACAUUUCAAGUUUGACAAGUGUACUUUUCAAAGAUCACACUUGCCAUAGCAGAAAUGUUUUUGAUUCACAGUUGUUGGAAGAGCAGAGACACAAGCUACCACUAUAUUCUGUGCAAUCAUUACCAGACUUUGAAAAAGAUUAUGAGACAAUACUGAUAGUAGAGUAGUUGCAUGGCCAUGUCCAACAAUGUGCUCACAAGCUUGUCACUACUGCUCUUUUCACUUUGUGAUGAAUUCUGCUUGAACUGCAACGUACCCGUACUCAUUUUUCUGCAUUACUGGCUGUGCUUCACGAAUCCACGUGUGUACAUAAUGCACUCCACUGUGUUUUGGAGCAUCCUUUGGAACGGUCUUGCACUGAUGCAUGAAAAGUUGGGGAGCACACAAGCAUAUCCAGAACAAGGUGCUUGUGACGUUGCUUACAAUUUAUAUCUGUCAACAAAUGCAGCAGAGGUCCGACAGUUUGUUGCUUGAACUGAUUCGCCCAUUAUUGGCAAUAUCAGCUGUAGCUGGCCAAGAGUGAUGUUUGUAGCUCUUUGUCCAAGCUAUGUAUAUGAGAACCAGCCAUAUUCACAGCUACGAGUCCUGGAGUGUGCCUGCUCACUAGUUCAUACAGGACAGUUCCCAUGGGAGGAGAGAGCCUUGCUUGUUUUGGUUGUCGUGUAUUCCUGAAUCCAAAGAUAUUGGUGCUUUAGCAAAGCAAGAUAAACAAUGAAGUGACCUUAAUCACUGGGUAUUUUUUCCACCAUUCAUUAUGGUUGCCUGCUAAAUAUGAUCAAAAGAUGUACAGAAAACGCAGUUUGUGAACAUAAUGUUAGUUCUGUUGUGUGUAUUUCUUGCUGCUGACAGCGAAAUGGCAGUAAAUAACAUUUUUAGUUUCUGUGGCUCCGAGGGAACAAUACCAAUGUGUGAUGUUUUUAAACGAAAAUGCCUUCCUGUUUGUGUGGUGUGCAGUGGUGGCUGUUUUUGUAGUCAAUUACUUUAAUACUGCAUAUACAUAUGCUCAAAGGUCUCUUCUGUCUGCUAUUGUUAGCCUUUCAAGGCUAUGUGUGCACCAGCAGAAUGUAAAGGAAGGUGGCCAGCCAUAUUUACCAAAGAACAACUAGGCCAUCAUAGUGCGCCAUGAGUCACUUGUGUUUAGUUCUGGAUUGCCCUGAACUGAGGCCAAGAUCUUGAAUAAUUAUGAUAUUUAACAUUCCACACACUUUGCUUUUACUAAGAGGACAAACAUGCUUCUGAGCUGCCAUGAGCUGCUUCAUGAUCUGCCUGGUGAUAUGGUCAACAGCCAUGAAUAGAAAAGCAUGAAGAGUGAACUGUAAUGGAAAAUCACAAAUAAACUUGUUCUGCUACUCUUACCA